GUGUUGAAGCUGGCGUCGACCAUUUUAGAUUUUUGCCCUCCGCGAGGAAAAUCACCUUUUCAGCGCGGAUAAUCUCGAUUUUCUUCACGAAAGUGCUUGCAAUCUCAUCUAGGGUUAUCACUUUGUGGAUUGUGAUAGAGAAAUUGUGGUGAAAUUGCAUGAGAAGGUUUAAAAGUGUGGGAGAAGUGAGAGUGAUUGUGUCGCCAGGAGCCAAGUGACAUUUCUCGUAUUUCUGAGAAAAUUCUCGAGAAAAGACCAUUGAGAAGAGUAUCCUGAAGUGCGGCGGAAGAUGCCAAGAUGGGCGUGAGACGAGCGCGAAGGCGGCUGAGGUGAAAGUGUCUGGUUAUGGGUCUCCGGCGAGAUCCGUCUCUGUCCGGCGGCGUGAGAAAUCCCAAUCCAGAUCGUCCCGCGGUUCAGGCGAUGGCCAACGAGCAGCCCGUGACGAAACGACAGCGCAUCGAGAGCAAGAAUGUCCUGGCGGAGGAGAAGACAGCGCCUCCGGACAUCAUAGCUUCGCCACAGGCGAUUAAUGGUGGCAGCGAAUCAUCCAGCUCAUCUUCCUCACCAUCUGUGUCACUGACGCAUCCCUGCACUCCAGAGAUCACCACUCCGUGUUCCGGGGAUGAGAUUGACAACGUCUCGAGGCGACUGAUAGACGAGGACGCGCGGAUAUCGCCCUCUUUUCCGGAUCUGCUCAAAGUGACGCCCGUGGACGGGGAUCUGGUGGAGAUACAGAGUCACCUGGCGCAGCAAUGCCUAUGCGGCGUGAGUGAACGCGUGCUGCGGCGCCUGUUCCAACCGGAGGCAGAGAAACGCGGUGCGGCGCUGAAAGAGUGGCCGCCGGUGAAGACCAUGCAGUUCCUGUCGAACAUUCAGCUGCUGUUUGACGUGUACCUGCCGCAGAAUGUGAAGGGUUUCAUCUGUAGAGGUGUGGUGAAGGCGAGCGAUGUGCUGUUGCGGCAGGAGAUCACGUUGGUGGAUGAGGUGACGGAGCUGUGUGACCAUGACAACAGAUUCGUGAGGUUUCUGGCGGGGCGCGUGAUGGCCAGCUUCCUGCUGGUGGCGAUGAAGAGGAUGCACGUGGCCGGUGAGAAGCUGAAGCCCAUUGUGGAGAACCUGAAGACGCUGCAGCGGAUGGACGAGGUGACGAUGAGGCGCGUGGCGGUGAGUGCAGACAUCCUGAGGCGGAUUGUCGAGUGGAAGAACACGGAAGAGCAUCCGCUGGACGAGAGGGAAGAUGAGGAUGACGAUGAGCAAAUGCCGCCGCCACUACCGCCCAUUGAGAAUAACUACUUUGCCAUUCACUACAAUCCGGAGAUGGUGGCGGCCGCCGUGGCGUCGUCUUCGUCGGCGGGUCGGCGGCCUGGGCGGCAGAUCGUGAGGGAGACGGAGAGUGGGUGUCGCCAGAUGAGGCUCACGGACUCUGAGAGCUUCGAUCCGGGCAGCCUGAAGCAGAUGAUGAUCGAGGCGCUGCGAGACGAGUGGGAUGGCAUCGUGGAGAGUCUAGCGGCGGUGAUGCGAGCGUGGCGAGGAAUAGCCGGCGCUGAACAGUGCAUCUUGGCGGUACUGGGCUUCUGGGAGAGUGUCAUCUCGGUGCACGCUAAUCUGCCCAUCGAUGAGACGCUGCGCUUCCGGGAGCCUCUCGUGAAGCUGCAGAAACUGCUCAGUCCUCACCUGCCGGCGACUGUCUACCGGCAAAUGCUGGGACUGUUCAACGAGGCGCUCUGCUAUGGCUCCACGCUGGCGCUGCAGGACUUCCCGCCCAAGGCGGAGUGCGAUCUGGCCACACAAGUGGUGAGGCAGGUGAGGAGUCGAGUACUACUGCGUUCGCUGCCGCAGGACUGCCAAGGGGAGUCGGCGCGGGGACUCCAGGAGAAUCCAGUGACAUUCAUCGGCCAACACGGGGAGAAUGUGGUGUACGAGGGCUUGGAGAGCAGAGUGAUAAGACGCGAGGGUAUCGUGGACAGAUCGUUGCUGCAGAAAUUCGUGCUACUCGUGCUGAAGUCCGUAGCGAUGACGGCGAAGCAGGUGCGCAGUGACUCUUCGGACUCCUCCAUGGACAGCACGUCGAGCACGGAGUUCCAGGCGGAUCAGGACAUGAGGGAAAUUGAGAGAAGCAUCAGAGAUGCCCUGGGAAAGUUGGCGGACUUCAUCAAGAACACACUGUCUUUUCAUCCAGAGACGCACUUCAGCAAAAUUCUGAUUCACCUGUUUGCCGAUCAGGAUGAUUACCUGCUGGAGGCGAUGCUCUGCACACUGGACGUCACGGCGAAUAUCAGCUUCAGAAAUAAGGACUUUCCCGAGUUGGUGGCCAUGCUGAAUCCCAUCUUCACGUUCGUGGAGUUCCUGGAAGUCAUCUCGUACAGCUACAUGCCGCUACUGGACUUCCUGCUCGGCAAUGAGACGUGCUUCCUGUGCUACUUGCUGCGCUUCCUCAAGUACAUUCGCCGCAACUGGGAGCUAUUCCAGAGCUCGUGCCAGGAUUCCAGCAUCGGCAGCCGGUGUCUGGAGCGCACGAUGGACGUGCUGAUUCAGCUGCGGCACAAGAUACAGCAACUGGUGGCCAGCGGACGCUUCCCGUAUCGCAUCGAUCCCAUCCUCAUGCUCAUGGAGACAUGCGAGGCGUUCUAUGCGGGCGACGAGUUCAGCUAGAGAGAGCCGAAUCAAUCUUGCCCAGCCGGAGCCAGCAAACUGACUGAAGAUGCGCAGUGUACACACAACUAACGAUAUUUAAUAAUGCCGCCUCUAAAUUAACCAGCACAUCAUUCCAUUGUUCGUCCCUCUGGAUUCUGUACAGAACGCGUUCUUGUGUGUGCUUGAGCCGCGGAAUGGUGGAGUAAUGUAGCGUUAGGGAUUUCGCCUGUAGUCCAUUUGUAAGGUUUAAAUCUACUCUAAGUGCCUUAGCGAGAUAUCACAGUUAUUUAUAAGAUUUAGGAAAGUGAAGAGCCACAAUAAACGACCUUUUUCAAUACUC